AUGGGCCAGGCGGGCCAGGAGAUCCAGGCGACCCAGGCCAAGAACCAACUCGGGAGUCGGAGAAGGCAGAACGCUAAAUGGCUUGCGCUCACUGCCACCGUCCACUCCACCGCCUGGCGUUGGCACUCUUUGAUUGGUGUGAUGGAGUCUGAUUCUUUGAUCACCCUUGUGAUUGGUCUCUUCCUCGUUCGUAUCAUACUGUGCCCUUCGCAAAUGGAUGAUGGUGGAAUCGCUCAUAGGAAGGACUGGGGUGGUCGUGGGAAGGUCCUGCCAAUUGAAGAAGGAGGUGUCCGGACCCUUACAGAUCAGGCAGAAGAGCUUGAGUACAUCACGUGGAUAGCCACAUUAUAUACUGCAUUGCAUCUACUAGAACAUCAAUGA